CAAACAACCCUUAUUAUUUUUAAUAAAGAAAUUUGAUAAAAAAAAAAUUGUAUUAUUUGGAUUUUCGGCUUGAAUUAAAUUCUGAAAUAAUAACGGGCACAACCGCACAACUGCAAAAGGGGUCCCACAACUUGAAAUUCCCGGGUGAGAGUCCGCUCAAAAUCACAAAUCUUGAUUCUUCGGAAUAGUUCCACCCUCUUCUCCGGGUGCCUUCUCCGUCGUCAACCUCAGAGGACCAACCGAGCUCGACGCCAGAGACUUGUAGCUUUCUUCGAUCGCAGUGGCACUCCGCCCUUCCCACCAUGGCGUCUGGUUCGCCUCCUCCGUCGCGCAUCAAUCAGUUUUUUGCUUCGAAGAAACGGAAGCCUGUAUCACCUGCUUUGAAGUCGGGGAGAAAUGAAAAGGAUGUAAAAACUGUAGAAGGUUCACCUAGUGCUAAGGCCACAUUGGACAGUUAUUUGCGGACAUCGCCGGAGAGUUAUAAUGUGGCGAAACCUUUGUGCAAAUUUGGUGAUUCAGCGGCUCGGCAAGAUCAAGUUAGAAGGAAUCUGGCAUCUGAGAUGGAUAAUUCUUCAAAAAAUGAAUGUAUGCAGCACCGUUUCUCUUCUCAACUGCACACUCAUGCAAGUGAGGCUUCUGGAGCAAAUCAGAAGGAAAUAGCUAAGGGAUUAACUGAAGCUGGUGAUGUUGUAGCUGGAGGUUCUUCCACGGAUUACUCAGAUUUUGCAGGAGGUGUGGAGAAUGUAGAGCUGAAGAAGUUUGCAGCCAACUUUUUGUCUUUGUAUUGCAGUGAUGUUCAAUCAAACAAAAGUUCUGUGUCAGAGCUGAAAGUGAAUGGUCAUAAGAGAGACCCUAGCCCAUCUUUGCUUGAUGGGGAGAGUAAGACAUUUAAAAAGAGGCAUUGCGGUAGUGAUAAAUCCUAUGAAGAGCGUGAAACAAUUCGUUCUACUGAGAAGAGCUAUGAAGCAAUGCAAUCUGCUUGUGUUGAUAAAAAUAGGGUUACCAUUCCUAAUGAAUUGCUCGAGCUUCAACAAACCUUGAAAACAUGCAGUAAUACACCCAAACUGUCUCUAGACGUAGUUGAUUGUUAUACACCAGGCUCAUUGAUUAAAUCAUGUGUUCGUCAGACCCCCAAUUCGAUACGUGGUAGCUCAUUUUCUUCACCUGGUGAAGCUUUUUGGAAUGAUGCAAUUCAACUUGCUGAUGGUCUAUGUGCCCAGGCAGCAGAAGCAACUACAGCUUCAGAUAGCCAAUAUCAUGGUAUAAACUCUUGCAAUUUGAGAAAUGCACACUGUGAUGAAAAGUCAAAGGAAAUGAUGGAUGAAGGUGAGCGUAUGGGUAAUGAUGCUGUAUCAGAGCCAAUGGUAAAGCAUAGGAAGGACUUGCAUAAAGAAGUAUCCCCACUGCCUGUUAAGCAUUUUGAUUUCUCUCUUGAGGACAAGAUUUCGAAUGAAAGUAUGCCACAUCAUAUAGAUGCUUACAAUUUGAAAAGCACGGCUCAUGGAGGUGGCAAGCAAUCUGAAUCCAGUCUUAUAGAUCCUAGAGGUCUAAGACAUGGUAUUACUAUGGUCCGUUGCAGCAAAUCUCAGGCAAAUCAAGGGCAAGAUGUUGAUUCUGUUACUGCAGUGACCAAAAUGAAAGUGGAUUUGUCUAGCAAGGAUAAUGGUGGCCCGACAUUUUCUUCACCAGGUGAUGAUGUCGUUAAGUUGAAUGGUAAAGGUGAAUCUAGCGAAGAAAGUACUCCUUCAAGCUUUCUGCCACUGAAAGAUUGUCUGGAUCUAGAUGGUUGGCUUGCACCAGAAAUAUGCAGCAUAUAUAGAAAGAAAGGAAUUUCCAAGCUUUAUCCUUGGCAGGUUGAAUGCCUUCAGGUUGAUGGUGUAUUGCAGAGAAGGAAUCUUGUGUAUUGUGCAUCAACGAGUGCAGGUAAAAGUUUCGUUGCAGAAAUUCUGAUGCUGCGGCAGGUCUUGUCAUCUGGAAAAAUAGCUUUACUUGUACUUCCUUAUGUAUCACUUUGUGCAGAAAAGGCAGAACAUCUGGAGCUACUUCUUGAACCACUUGGUAAGCAUGUUCGUAGUUAUUAUGGGAACCAAGGUGGUGGUACACUUCCUAAAGACACUACUGUAGCUGUCUGCACAAUAGAAAAGGCAAACUUUUUAGUAAACAAGCUGCUGGAAGAGGGCCGUCUUUCAGAAAUUGGAAUUGUUGUGAUAGAUGAACUGCACAUGGUUGGCGAUCCAAGUAGGGGUUAUCUUCUGGAACUUCUGUUGACAAAACUUCGUUAUGCAGCUGGUCAAGGCAUUUCUGAAUCAAGUAGUGGAGAAAGUUCAGGCAUGAGCAGCGGUAAGGCUGACCCUGCUCAUGGUUUGCAAAUUGUUGGUAUGAGUGCCACUAUGCCAAAUGUGGCAGCAGUUGCUGAUUGGCUUCAAGCUGCCCUUUACCAGACAGAAUUUCGACCGGUACCACUAGAAGAAUACAUUAAAGUGGGGAACACCAUUUAUAACAAGAAAAUGGAGAUUAUUAGAACAAUCCCAAAAGCAGUUGACCUUGGUGGUAAAGAUCCAGAUCAUGUUGUGGAACUGUGCAAUGAGGUUGUACAAGAAGGUCUUUCCGUGUUAAUAUUUUGCUCUAGUCGAAAAGGAUGUGAAUCAACAGCUAGGCAUGUUUCAAGAUUCCUUAAGAAAUUUGCAGUCAACAUUCGCACUGAUGACAGUGAAUUUAAUGAUAUGACAUUGGCUAUUGAUUCCUUACGAAGGUGUCCUGCUGGUUUGGAUCCAGUAUUAGAAGAAACCCUACCUUCUGGAGUUGCCUACCACCAUGCUGGGCUCACGGUUGAGGAAAGAGAGAUUGUUGAAACCUGCUACCGUAAAGGCCAUGUACGCGUCUUAACUGCAACAUCUACCUUAGCAGCUGGUGUUAAUCUGCCAGCUAGGAGAGUCAUUUUUCGUCAGCCCCGGAUUGGUCGCGAUUUUAUCGAUGGGACAAGGUACAGGCAAAUGGCUGGUCGGGCUGGUCGUACUGGCAUAGAUACAAAAGGAGAAAGUGUACUAAUUUGCAAGCCAGAAGAGAUCAAAAGGAUUAUGGGAGUUCUUAAUGAAAGCUGUCUGCCAUUGCGCUCUUGUUUAUCUGAAGAUAUGAAUGGAAUGACUCAUGCAAUCUUAGAAGUUGUAGCAGGGGGAAUUGUUCAAACUGCUAAUGACAUUCAUCACUAUGUUAGGUGCACACUUUUAAACUCCACUAAACCUUUUCAGGAUGUAGUGAAAUCAGCACAGGAAUCUCUCCGUUGGUUGUGCCACAAGAAAUUUCUAGAAUGGAAUGACGACACUAAGUUAUACAAUACCACACCCCUUGGACGUGCAGCUUUUGGCAGUUCUCUAUGUCCUGAAGAAUCACUUAUUGUGCUGGAUGAUCUUUCAAGAGCAAGAGAAGGCUUUGUGCUUGCUUCUGAUUUGCAUCUGGUUUACCUAGUAACACCAAUAAAUGUUGAUGUUGAGCCUGAUUGGGAACUGUAUUAUGAACAGUUCAUGGAAUUGUCUGCUCUUGACCAGUCCGUAGGCAAUCGCGUUGGAGUGACAGAACCAUUUUUGAUGCGAAUGGCACAUGGUGCACCUAUGCGGUCAUCAAACAGGAUGAGAGAAAAUACGAAAGCGUUGCAUGGCAAUUAUGAAAGCCAACUUGGGACUACAAAGAGUACUGUGCUUCCAGAUGAUCAAACAGUUCGAGUUUGUAAACGGUUCUAUGUUGCUCUGAUCUUGUCAAGACUAGUUCAGGAAGUUGCUAUCAAUGAGGUCUGUGAAGCUUUUAAAGUGGCUAGAGGUAUGGUCCAGGCCUUACAAGAGAAUGCUGGAAGGUUUGCAUCUAUGGUAUCUAUGUUUUGUGAAAGGCUCGGAUGGCAUGAUCUGGAAGGCUUGGUUGGAAAAUUUCAAAACCGUGUUUCAUUUGGAGUGAGAGCAGAGAUUGUAGAGCUGACUACAAUUCCAUUUGUCAAGGGUUCUCGAGCAAGGGCACUCUAUAAAGCUGGCUUGCGUACGCCUUUAGCUAUUGCUGAAGCAUCCAUCCCUGAAAUUGUCAAAGCUCUUUUUGAAUCUUCAUCGUGGGCAGCACAAGAAGGUUCAGCUCAAAGACGCAUCCAAGUAGGAGUAGCCAAGAAGAUCAAGAAGGCCGCACACAAAAUUGUUCUUGAAAAGGCGGAAGAGGCCAGAGUUGCUGCCUUCUCAGCUUUUAAAUCACUUGGAUUGGAGGUCCCACAGUUUUCUCGACCAUUAUUUCCAACUGCUGGUGGAAGUCCCACUAUGCAAGGAACAACAAAUUCCUCUGGUGAUGAAAAUACUACUAGCUUUGUUAAUGCCCAUGUGGAGGAUGCUCUUAAGCCAUCUUUGGAAGGAAGGGUUCCUUCUGAUAAGGUUGUAUCAGGUGCGAAGUUGACAAAAACAUCAGAUAUUGGUACGUUGGUGGCUUCGGGAGAAGUAACUUCAAGUAGUGUCAUGCAAAUUAAGUUUGGGGCUGAAAAUUCUGUAGUACCAAUUGAUGGGUCUGGUGCCCUUGCUGAUGAGCUAAAUGCUACUGUUCAUCAAACUAAAAUUGCUGACUUGACCAACUCGAUUAAGGUAGACAGCUUAGGUGAUAGAAAUAGGAUAUCCAGCGAGUCUUUAGAUCCUAAAAAGCAGGGAAGCUGUGAAGGGGAAAAUUUGUCUGUUGGUGUUAAGGGCAAUGCUUGUGAAAAAGGCCCUAUUCAUGCAAUUUAUACUCCUGGUGGUAUCGAUUCAUUUUUGAAUAUUUGGGAAACCACCUCAGAGUUUCAUUUUGAUAUCCACUACAACAAAAGAUCAGAAUUGAACUCUGUUGCCCCCUUUGAAAUACAUGGAAUGGCCAUCUGUUGGGAAGAUUCUCCUGUGUACUAUGUUAACAUUCCUAAGGAUCUGCUGUGGUCUGGCAGCAGCAGUAAAGACGAAGGGCUGCGUUUGACUGCAUCAGGUGAUAGAACUAAUGUGUUACCUCUUGAUGGUAUGUUGGAGCUGGCUAAACGUAGAUGGAGCAGGAUUGGUGAAAUCAUGGGGAAAAGUGGUGUCAGGAAAUUUACUUGGAUGUUGAAAAGUCAGAUUCAGGCACUGAAGUGCCCUGCAGUUCAAAUACAGAGAUUUGGUUCCCAGAGUCUUGCAGGAAAAAGUAUUUUUUUUGAAAUUAUAGACACCUCGUUUUUAUUGUUGCCACCAGUUCAUAUACAAGAUGGCAUUGACAUGUGCAUUGUGGCCUGGAUUCUUUGGCCUGAUGAGGAGAAAAAUUCUAAUCCAAACUUGGAAAAGGAAGUUAAGAAAAGGUUAUCCAGUGACGCUGCAGCAGCUGCAAAUCGAAACGGCAGGUGGAAAAAUCAGAUGCGAAGAGCUGCACACAAUGGUUGCUGCCGUCGAGUUGCUCAAACACGGGCCUUAUAUUCUGUUCUGUGGAAGUUGCUUGUUUCUGAAAACCUUGCUGAGUCACUUAUAAAUAUAGAAGUUCCAUUGGUUAAUAUUCUUGCUGACAUGGAGCUUUGGGGAGUGGGUCUUGAUAUGGAGGGAUGUCUGCAAGCACGUAAUGUGCUGGGGAAAAAGCUAAGACAUCUUGAGAAAGAAGCUUAUAAACUGGCUGGCAUGACAUUUUCAUUAUAUACAGCAGCAGAUAUUGCUAAUGUGCUUUAUGGACACUUAAAGCUGCCCAUACCAGAGGUGCGCAACAAGGGAAAACAACAUCCAAGUACUGACAAGCAUUGCUUGGAUUUACUAAGGGACGAGCAUCCUAUUAUUCCCAUCAUCAAAGAGCAUCGUACAUUGGCAAAACUCUUAAACUGUACGUUGGGAUCAAUUUGCUCACUUGCUAGGCUAUCUGUGAAGACACAGAAGUACACAUUACACGGUCAUUGGCUCCAAACAUCAACAGCUACUGGUCGGCUUUCAAUGGAGGAACCUAAUCUCCAGUGUGUGGAACAUAUGGUUGACUUCAAAAUGAACAAGUAUGAAAAUGGAGGCAAAAGUGAUGUUGAUCAUUACAAAAUUAAUGCUCGAGAAUACUUUAUACCCUCUCAGGACAACUGGAUACUGUUGACCGCAGAUUAUUCUCAGAUAGAACUGCGGCUGAUGGCCCAUUUUUCUGAGGAUUCCUCACUCAUUGAACUCCUUAGUAAGCCCCAUGGUGAUGUCUUCACCAUGAUUGCAGCUAGAUGGACUGGAAUGUCAGAAGAUUGUAUUAGUUCUGAUGUACGAGAUCAGACCAAAAGGUUGGUGUAUGGAAUUCUGUACGGAAUGGGUGCUAAUAGCCUUGCAGAACAACUGGAUUGCAGUCCCCAGGCAGCUUCUGAGAAAAUACAAAACUUCAAAAGUUCUUUCCCCGGAGUUGCUUCUUGGCUCAAUGAAGCAGUUGGAUGUUGCCGCAAGAAAGGAUAUGUGGAAACCCUUAAGGGAAGAAAACGAUUUUUGUCAAAAAUAAAAUUUGGGAACAGCAAGGAAAAGUCAAAGGCGCAGAGACAGGCUGUAAAUUCGAUAUGUCAGGGAUCAGCUGCUGACAUAAUCAAGAUUGCAAUGAUAAAUAUUUACUCCGUAAUAGUUGAUGGAGCUGAAAAGCCUGAUUCGACUUCUCCACUUGCAACAAAGUUUCACAAACUGAAGGGCCGCUGCCGAAUUCUAUUGCAGGUACAUGAUGAAUUGGUACUUGAAGUUGAUCCUUCUGUGAUAAAGGAAGCUGCUUUGCUGUUACAAACAAGCAUGGAAAGUGCUGUUUCGCUUCUUGUUCCUAUGCAUGUCAAAUUGAAAGUUGGAAGAACUUGGGGUUCUUUGCAACCCUUUCAGGCUGACCAAUAUGAAGAUCUGCCUGAUCCAUAAAUUGACGAAGUUGUGCUCCUGUUCUUGAUCUGAAAAAUCAAAACUUUCAUGACACUGGAAGUUCCACGAAUGCCAUGUAAUGAGCUUUGCUGGAUCUACAGAGCCUAGUGGGAUGCCAAGUAAGUUUGUUUAAAUUGUUUCAGUGGAAGUAAGUUUGGUGUGUUUCAAUUUCUGUGAUUACUUUGUAACAGGAAUGCGGUAGUUAAUAGAUAAACACAUGUAAUGGAAGUUAAUGGUGUAAUGCUUAUUUAAGUCUCUCUAGAUUGACAGCCUAGUAAUUAUAAUGAGGUUCUUAUUAUUGGAGCAGAUACAUCAGUUCACCACUGAACCAUGGGAGAGAACAGAAGUAGCACCACAAAGCCAAAGCUUAUUAUGUAUUACUGAAUAUAUAACAUGUCCACUAUAGCAUGCUUUAUGAGUAUAAGUUGAAGUACAUAGUGACAAGAAGUGAGUAGGUUUUCAAACUAUUGGCAUUGAAACUAUGCUGAACGCCCAGGUAGAACAACUAAUGGAUUCGGCUUACGUGGAUUUCUGGUUUGGAACCCAGACAAUAUGAUCACUGGGAAGAAAAUGGCAGAUGGGAAUGGUUCCUGGCUUAACUUUGAGAACUUGGAAGGCCAAAUGCUUUGGGUUCCAUUCUGAGGUGUCUGUGUGGCAGACAGCUACUGCCUUAGCGUUCACUCCAUCAGCACCUUCCAGCGGCACUAUAUAAGCUCUUGUGGUUGUUGUUGCAUGGCAGUAGAAGACAGCAUACGCAUAGUUCUGCUUAUGGCAUGCAAUGGAUUUGUCGCCUGCCAGCUUCUUCACUCCAGGCAAUAUUGUGUACUUCUGCAUGGUGGUUCCCUUUUCAACCUCUGUUGAGACUGCCUGAAUGUUCCUUCCAAGCUUGGAAGUGCUGAAGUCAACCAUUGACUCCAAAGAGGUUGCGCAAUAUUUUUCCUCUCCUCUAAUACCUGGUUUCUCACACUCUUCAAUGGUUUGCUUAAUUGUGUCUGCUUCUGCAGAUUCUGGUUUCACUGAAAACUGGUCCAAAAUUUCGGGCAGUUUAUUAGAUGAGAAAGGGAUCGACUCUGCAGUUUUUCGUGGAAGGAAAGUUGCUGUGUCUGAACUUGUAGUGAAGUGCAAGUUCAUCUUUGUGCCAGGAUGCAUGUCCUUCUCCAAGAAGAAAAGUGCGACCUGUGGAUCUUCAUGAAGUUGAGUCUCAGUAGCAGCAUACCGGUAAUCGAAUGGGCUUUUGCCUGGUUGUACUCCAACAUAUACAGGUUUUCCCUUGUGACCGGUGCUUACAUGCACUCCUCCUUUGCCAACGCCCACGUUGGUUCCCUUGCCGGGCUUUCCAGUCUGCACUCCAACACCACCUUUUCCCCCUACGUUGACAUUGGUACCACCCCCUGGCUUUCCUUUUGGAGUGUGCACAUUCACACCACCCUUUCCGACAUUCACAUUGGUUCCUCCAGGCUUUCCUUUUCCAGUGCUAACAUGAACACCACCCUUCCCAACAUUGACGUUGGUGCCUGCGGGCUUUCCUUUACCUGCGUUAACGUUGACACCACCCUUCCCUACCCCAACUGAGGUGCUCUUUUCUUCGCUGAAGUCUGCAAAUUUAGCAACAUAAUGGAGAACAGGUGAGCAGGAAACUACAUGUAAUUCGGAAUUAUUGCUCUAUGGAACUUAUCAAGAGGUUAAUAGAGCUGCUUAAAAUGCUUGAAUGAAUUAUUGCUCUAUGUAAUUCAGAUUCUAGUCACAAACCAGAUUGCAGAAGUUCACUGAGAGUUUUUGGCAUCGGUGUGUUUGUCAAGACGGAAUUCCAGUAAAGUUGAGGUGAUAGAGCAGCAUGGCUUACCACCAGUGUGAACUGCAACAUUGGAACUCUCAUCAGCAUGGGAUCAGAGUAUCAAAAGUCAGUGGAAAAUAUUGAACUAAAAUUAUAGAAAGCAGGAACUAAAUGUUUUCUUACAGUGAGAAAAGCAAAGAUGUGUGGGAGACGGAACCCCAUCGGAGGACUUGGAUACUGCAACUUAAAGCUAUUGGAAGAAGCAAAAUAGAAACUCAGAGAUGAGCUCAGAGAUGAGCUUAGAUUAGAUGGUGAGCCAGAGCAAGUGCCCUACACAUUUAUAAGGGGAAAUGUACUUAUGAACUGAAAGUUGGUUUCAGUAGUAACAGUCUACCAGUAUAGUCGACAAAAUUUAAUUACAACUGUUAUAGGCUUACUCACCUUCAUUUAUGUCGAUUAGGAUAGGUGAGCAUGGGAGGCACUGGACAAGUGUGUGCGGGUAAACAAAGAAGCAAUUGGAGUUUGGUUUUGAAUUGGAUUUGUUAGUUAGUGAGUGAGUGAAAGACUAGAAACAAAGGAAGGCACCUUUACUCUAUUGCUUGGACUGGUGUGGGUUUAGGCCCGGCCAUUGAAUUGUAUGAAGAAAAUACAUCGUUUAUUUAUUACAAGCGACAAUUUUGUCAA